UCCUCCUGUUGGAAGGCAAGUAAGCAAAGAUGUUCGCCAUCGUUGGUGCCCCACAGCAGCGUCUGGCGCUCGGCGCCAAGCAAGCGACUUCGGGGCCUGCAUCCUUUGUUCGCCCAGCACAGGCAGCUACCAAUGCCAAAAGAAAUGCAUACAACAUAGCUGAUGCAACGCAGCACUGCGUACCAGCCCUUGCUGGCGUUCGGAGGUCUAUUGUUUCUCGUCAAACGCGUCAGGUUCGGGCGGCAGCUGCUACCCAGGCGUCUUCGGGCGAGAAGUUCGAUUAUGAUCUUGUCAUCAUCGGCUGUGGUGUGGGUGGUCACGGGGCUGCCUUGCACGCCGUCGAAUGCGGUCUCAAGGUGGCUGUGAUCGAGGGCCACGACGUGGGCGGCACCUGCGUCAACCGCGGCUGCGUGCCCUCCAAGGCGCUGCUGGCCGCCUCGGGCCGGGUGCGCGAGAUGCGCGACAAGGCCCACCUGGCAGCCAUGGGAGUGCAGGUGGGCGCAGUUGACUUCGACCGGCAGGGUAUCGCCAACCACGCGCGCGACCUGGCCUCCACCAUCCAGGGCAACCUGCGCCGCAGUCUGGAGGCGCUCGGAGUGGACAUCCUGGUGGGGGCUGCCAAGCUGGCGGGCAACCAGCGAGUGCGCUACGGGCUGCCUGGGCGGGUGGAUGUGGGCGGGGAAGUGAGCGCGAGGGACAUCAUCAUCGCCACCGGCUCCGUGCCCUUCGUGCCGCCCGGCAUCCCCAUCGACGGCAAGACGGUGUUCACCUCCGACCACGCACUCAAGCUGGAGUGGCUGCCCUCCUGGCUGGCCAUCAUCGGGUCGGGCUACAUCGGGCUGGAGUUCAGUGACGUGUACACCGCACUGGGCACCGAGGUGACGUUCAUCGAGGCUGUCGACAACCUGAUGCCGGGUUUCGACCGAGAGAUCGCCCGGCUGGCUCAGCGGCUGCUCAUCCAGGGCCGACCCAUCGACUACCACACCGGGGUGAUUGCCAGCAAGGUCACGCCAGGGGUGCCGGGCGUGAAGCCCGUUGUGAUCGAGCUGACGGACUUCAAGACCAAGCAGCUAGUGGACACGCUGGAGGUGGAUGCGGUGCUGGUGGCCACCGGCCGGGCGCCCUACACCAACGGACUCAACCUGGCCGCGCUGGGGGCGGCCACUGACAGGCGCGGGUUCGUGCCCGUGAACGACAAGAUGCAGGUCCUGGACACCAAGGGUGCUGUCGUACCGCACGUGUACUGCAUCGGCGACGCCAACGGCAAGUACAUGCUGGCCCACGCAGCCAGCGCGCAGGGCAUCAGCGCGGUGGAGAACAUAUGCGGGCGGCCGCACGUGCUGAACCACCUGUCCGUACCCGCCGCCUGCUUCACACACCCGGAGGUGUCGUUUGUGGGCGUGACGCAGGAGAAGGCGGAGGAAAUGGCCCGGGAACAGGGCUUCAAGCUGGGCAUCUCCAAGACCUCCUUCAAGGGGAACAGCAAGGCUCUUGCCGAGAAGGAGGGUGACGGUAUGGCCAAGCUGCUGUACCGCAAAGACAGCGGGGAGAUCCUGGGGGUGCACAUCAUCGGGCUGCACGCGGCGGACCUCAUCCACGAGGCAUCCAACGCCAUCGCAACCGGGCAGCGAUUGCAGGACAUCAAGUUCAACGUGCACGCACACCCCACGCUGUCUGAGGUGCUGGACGAGCUGUUCAAGGGGGCGCACGUGGACGCACCCGCCGCCUCCUCAUCCGCCUCCGCUGCUGCUGCUGACAAGGGCCGCGCACCCGCUGCCGCCGCCACCGCUGCUCCCGCGGCUAAGAAGCCAGCCGUGGCCGCCGCCUGACGGGACACGCCUCCAGCGGUGGCUGCACCCGCCGCCGCCGUCGCUGCCGCGUCCGCUGCUCCUGUAGCGGCGCCGGAAACCGCCGCCGCCGCCGCCGCUGUCGCGGCGACGGCAGCAACCGGCGGUGACGGAGGUAGCGGCGGCGGUGGCGGUGGCGGUGAUGUUGCAGAGCGCGAGCAGGAUGUGUACGGCAGGGGCUUUCGCCGCUUGGAGGCGUCGAGCAGUGGCUGUACGACAGAAGGGGACACUGACGAGGGUGGCGGGGUUGUUGAUAUAUCAGUUGGAGAAGAGAAGGAGGAGCUCGAAGGAUUGCAUGAGAGCAGUACGAACAGCAGUUGUAACAAUAGCAGUAGCGAGAGAGGGAGAGAGAAACCAGAGAAAAUACCAUUGGUGGCGGCAGAUGGAGAGCGCGGGGCGGCAACGGCAGGCGAGGGAGGAGGAAUGGGUGUUGACGUGGCGGCGCCGCUACCUCCUCCGGAACCACCGUCGUCGGCGGCGGCAGGGCAGCAGGAGGCCUCCCUUGGCGGCAGCACGGAGGGAUGCGGCGCCUCUGCAUGCGACAACAAGCCAAGAGACUGGCUUGGGCUUGAGACGGCGGCUGCGGUGCCCUCCGUGAUCCAAGACGACGGUAUGCAACAACAGCAGCCGCAGCUGGUGGCGGCAGGCAUGGCGGAGUCGCCGUCGUCGCUGCCGCCAACGGCAGCAACCCUAGCAGCCGAGGAUACCGUCAAAGGCUCGGCUGAUCAGCCACACGCCGCAGCUGCCACCGAGACCGAGGCCGAGCCGGUGCAGGAGCAGGAGCCGCGGCCCUCACGUCCGGUGCAAGCGGGGCUGCCUGUGCGGGUUCGACCGGUGGGCUUGACACAAGUCGGUGGUGGCGGCGACGGCAGCGGCAGCGGAGGAGGCAUCCAACAAGGGGCGCAUGAGGAGGCUGCGGCGGCAGUUCACACCAGCAGCAGCACCGUCGUGGCCC